ACAAAGCGAACUUGUGUGGAGGAAUCCUUUAUAAAUAGCCUUGUCUAUGCACAAUCAAGAGACGCUCGCUCGAAGAAAUUAGCAACCGUCGUGUCGUUAUCAGUAGACGUUGAUCAUCCAUCCGAAUGCGCAGCUGAUCACUCACGACUUGGCCUCUGGAGGUCAUCGCUCAAUCAAUCCCAGUUUGAUAAGUUGGACCGCUGGAUUCAGCUUCUCAAGUGUCAGUAACGAAAUCGAGCACGAACCGUCAGGAUGGUGAUCAGAAUAGCGCUAAUUCAGCUCAAGAUCGCUGGACCAAAGGAAAAGAUCUUGAAGAAUGCUGUGGACCUGAUUCGAAUCGCCAAAAAGGAGAAGGAUGCCAACGUAGUGGUGCUACCGGAAAGCUUCAACUGCCCGUACAGUGAGGAAAACUUUGAAGCGAAUGCCGAGGAAAUUCCGCUGGGUGAAACUAGUCAGGCGUUGAGUAAGGCAGCCCGGGACUUUGGCGUGCACGUCGUUGGUGGAUCGUUCGUGGAGAAAUGCUGCGGCAAACUGUACAACACUUGUACGGUUUGGGGACCAGAAGGUGAGCUGGUGGCCAGACAUCGGAAGAUUCACCUUUGCAACACUAACAUCCCGGGCAAACUGGAGGUCGAAGAAUCGAAGGUGUUUACCGCAGGCGAUAGUUAUACGACCUUCUCGGUAGGUGAAACCAAGAUCGGACUAGGAAUAUGCUGGGAUAUGCGCUUUCCGGAGUUCGCCGCUGCCUAUCGUGAGAUGGGAUGUGACCUUCUGAUCUACCCUGCGGUUUGUGAUGUCUUUACCGGAGAACUGCACUGGGAGUUGCUCGCCCGCGCUCGUGCCCUGGAUAACCAGGUAUUCGUGGCAUUCUGUGCUCCGGCGAGGGAUUGCCAUGCCGAGUUGAUAUCCUACGGGCACUCUCUGGUCGUGAACCCGUGGGGACAGGUGAUCCAAAAUGGAACCGAAUUUCAGGAAAUUGUCGUGGCUGAUUUGGUACUCAAAACGCUUCCGGAAGUGAGGGGGCAAAUUCCCGUGCUGCAGCAGAAGAGAGCAGACCUGUACGAGCUCGUGGUGAGAAAGUGAUCGCCGAGGCAACUCCAGCAAAGGGAAAUUAUUUGUUUUUUUUUUUUAUGUACUCGAAAGAAGAUUGUGAAGUUUUAGCAGAUGGAAACCGCCUGGGUUCUGAAACUGGUAGCUAGGUUAAUGGAUUGUGAUAAUAAAGCAGCACGUGAUUCUGUGGAAGCUGUGUUGAUAGUAGAGCGAUCGUUUUGUGUUUGAUGCUGCAUUCAGAAUGAAUUUCUGCGUCUAGGAACAAUAAUAGAAUCAGCUGGGCCAUGCGUGAUGGGCAAACUGCGUGAUGGACAAAAAAACAGCUCAUGAGUUUACCAUGAUUAGAAGGCAUUAUCAAGCAUUUUGCUAUAGCGGCCCUGUCGAGUUUGAUGACUUCUUCGUUUAGUGAACUCUGGUUUUUAUGGGUAUUUAGAAAUAAUGGUUUCUUUUUUAUUUAGU